AUGGCUUCUGUUCAACAAGUUUCUCUUCUCUUCCUACCUCUCCUUCUCAUUUCUUCCUUCAUUGUUGACCGGUCCUACGCUGCCGGAAUCGCCACCUAUUGGGGCCAACACGGCGAGGAAGGCUCCCUUGCCGAUGCCUGUAACACCGGAAACUACCAGUUCAUUAACAUAGCUUUCUUGUCCACCUUUGGCAAUGGCCAAACCCCACAACUUAACCUUGGCAGCCACUGUGAUCCCGGUGCCAACACCUGCACCGUCUUUAGCUCCCAGAUCAAAGAUUGCCAAGCCAAAGGCAUCAAGGUGCUUCUCUCCCUCGGCGGUGGCUCGGGAACCUACUCUCUUAACUCCGCCGACGAUGCCAAACAGCUCGCUGACUACCUCUGGAGCAACUUCCUCGGAGGAAGUUCCGGCUCACGGCCCCUAGGCGACGCUGUUUUGGACGGCAUCGACUUCGACAUAGAGGGCUCCGGUAAGAGUCAGUACUGGGAGAAUCUAGCCGGAAAUCUGAAGGAGUUGAAUCAGCAGCUGGUUCUCUCCGCCGCACCGCAAUGUGUAUUCCCUGACGAAAAUUUGCGUAAUGCGAUCGACACUGGCUUGUUCAGCUACGUUUGGGUUCAGUUCUACAACAACGGUCAAUGCCAAUAUAAUAACGGAGACGCUAGCGGUCUUUUGAAUGCAUGGAAACAAUGGACGGCGGUGAAAGCCGAGCAGGUGUUCUUGGGCGUUCCGGCGUCGGAGGCGGCGGCCCCAAGCGGCGGGUUUAUUCCAACCAAUGCGAUGAUUUCUCAGGUUCUUCCUGCAAUCAAGACGUCUCCGAAUUACGGUGGAGUCAUGAUCUGGGACAGGUCGUUUGAUCUCAACAGUGGAUAUAGCACCGCCAUUAAGGAUUCGAUAAAUUAGGAAAGUGUUUUGCUUUAGAAUGAGGGGCAGAUUUAUAGUGUUUGUUCCUACGUACUACAGGACUAUGGUGAUUGAAAUAAAAACUUAAUUUGGUGAGUUUUAAAUAAAUAA